AUGGACGCAAUCAAAUGCAACUCCAGUUUCCUCCAUCGCACCAAGCUCAACACUCUCUACUCUAAUCACAACUUCCCUAAACUCCGCGCGCCCAAUUUCAAUCACCUCUUCCGGCCAGCUGCGCAGCAGCCACUGUCGCUUUCCGCCAAGGACAGAAGAAGAAGCAGCGAAGCUGAAAAUGUCGCCGUAGUGGAAAAACCUCCUAAAUCAGAGAGAUUCCUUCUCUCCGAUGGACUUCCUUCCCCAUUCGGCGCCACCGUGAGAGACAACGGAGUCAAUUUCUCUGUUUACUCUGCAAACUCCGUUUCCGCCACCAUCUGCUUGUUUUCUCUCUCCGAUCUUCGUCAGAACAAAGUGACGGAGGAGAUUCAGCUCGAUCCAUCAACGAAUAGAACAGGCCAUGUCUGGCAUGUGUUCUUGAAAGGUGAUUUCAAAGAUAUGUUGUAUGGUUACAGAUUUGAUGGGAAGUUUUCUCCUGAAGAAGGUCACUAUUAUGACUCCUCCAAUAUUUUAUUGGAUCCUUACGCAAAGGCAAUUAUAAGCAGAGAUGAGUUUGGGGUUUUGGGACCUGAUGAAGUCUGUUGGCCUCAAAUGGCGUGUAUGGUGCCCACUCUUGACGAAGAGUUUGAUUGGGAAGGGGAUAUGCAUCCGAGGCUUUCACAGAAGGACCUUGUCAUAUAUGAAAUGCAUGUGCGAGGUUUCACAAGGCAUGAGUCUAGCAAAAUUGAGUUUCCUGGCACAUACCAGGGUGUUGCAGAGAAGCUUGACCAUUUGCAGGAGCUUGGGAUAAAUUGCAUAGAGUUAAUGCCAUGUCACGAGUUUAAUGAGCUGGAGUAUUACAGCUACAAUGAGAUAUUGGGAGAUCAUAGGGUUAAUUUUUGGGGUUACUCUACCAUUGGGUUCUUCUCGCCAAUGAUCAGAUACUCAUCAGCAAGCUCUCAGAACUUUGCUGGGAGAGCCAUAAAUGAGUUUAAAGUUCUUGUUAAAGAGGCACAUAAACGAGGAAUUGAGGUUAUCAUGGAUGUCGUUUUGAACCACACAGCCGAAGGCAAUGAAAAAGGACCCAUUGUCUCAUUUAGAGGAGUUGAUAACAGUGUGUAUUACAUGCUUGCUCCAAAGGGCGAGUUCUAUAAUUACUCAGGAUGUGGUAACACAUUCAACUGCAAUCAUCCUUGUGGUGCGUCAAUUCAUAGUGGACUGCCGAGGGAGGGCAAUGAGUGA